CAGAAAUGGAGUGGAAACCAUAUCCAAACGACACAAACUCGGCAUGUGGCCGGGUGGGUUUGGGAUCGCACCCACUCUGACCCCCAGAGGCCUGUUGAGAGUGACACAAAAACCUCCUCAUAAGCGCAGUUAAAUCGAGAACCCAUAGGAUGGGACCAGCACAGGAACAAAUCAGAGAAUAUCCGGCAUCACAAGGACAAGUAAAAACACCGUCAACAUUACCAGCAAUGCGACCUGUGAUUCGGUCGGGCACACGACUGGCUAGUAGCGAUGUUGCGGAUUGGAUGCAAAAGAGGUCGGAAUAGUUGAGGGGGAGGGGGAAGAAGGAAGGCUGUAAACCAGGCUAGAAAAUAUAUGGUAGUGAGAAACCAAACGCUUCUGUGCAAACAUCGCAGAAGGGUAUUGAGACAGGCACGGUAGACGUCAUAAAGUGUCGAUAAGGUUCGGGAGACUAAAACGAGUCGUAAAACACAGACGACGAGUUGUUGAGCAGCAGAUUCUGUGCUGUCACGUUUAUCCUAACCUAGCACUCCGGGAGACACUUGGGAAAAGCAAGAUCCGCCAAUGGCUUCGUUAGAGGACCGUGGGGAUAUGGGGGUAGCGGCCGCCUCAGGUUCCUCGGGAGGGGGACACGUAGUCGGGGCCAUGGGAGGAGGCCUAGAGGCCGGACCAGGGGGCGCUGGACUGCCGGGGAUUCAGGAGGAGCCAGGGCUGCGAAGAGAGGCCUCCAGUACCGACGCUGACCCAGACGCACCGCCGAAGAAACGCGUUCGACUACUGGAAGGCGAAUCUGGAAAGCUCGAGGAGCGGCUGUACUCAGUGCUGUGUUGUACUGUAUGCCUAGACCUGCCAAAGGCGUCGGUCUAUCAGUGUACGAAUGGGCAUUUGAUGUGUGCAGGCUGUUUUAUCCACCUGCUUGCCGACGCACGUCUGAAAGAGGAGCAGGCUACCUGCCCUAACUGCCGCUGCGAGAUCAGCAAGAGCCUGUGCUGCCGGAACCUGGCGGUAGAGAAAGCAGUCAGCGAGCUGCCCACAGACUGCACCUACUGCCUAAAGCAGUUUCCCCGCUCCAGCCUUGAGCGCCACCAAAAUGAGGAGUGCCAGGACAGAGUGACAAGGUGUAAGUAUGUCAGGAUCGGCUGCCCUUGGCAGGGGCCGUUCCAUGAGCUUCCAGCCCACGAGGUUGAGUGUUGCCAUCCGAGCAAGAGUGGGCAAGAGUUGAUGGGCAUCCUGAGUGACAUGGACGGGCAGCACCGCAGGGAGCUCACACUGUACAGUUCCAUCUUCAAUCUGCUCUGCUUUGAGAAGAUUGGCUUCACAGAGGUGCAGUUCCGGCCAUAUCGCACAGAUGAUUUCAUCACACGUCUAUACUAUGAGACGCCACGAUUCACAGUGCUCAAUCAGACAUGGGUACUGAAGGCGCGGGUCAAUGAUUCGGAGCGUAACCCCAACCUGUCCUGUAAGCGUACACUCUCCUUCCAGCUCCUCCUCAAGAGUAAGGUCAACACUACACUGGAGUGCCACUUCCUCCUGCUGAAGGGGCCCUAUGACGACGUGAAGAUCCAGCCAGUCAUCCAGUACCACGUCUUCUCCAAUGAUGCCAAUGAGACUGAAUACGCCCCCCUACCCAUUAACGACUCGGUGGAGUGCAACAAGCUACUGGCUGCCAAGAACAUCAACCUGCGUCUUUUUAUCUUCCAGAUCCAGAAAUGAGAAUGGGUGGGGCCGGAGGGAUGGAGAGGAGAGGAUAAGAAAGGACAGGAGAGAAGUACCACUGAAACACAGAUACCUCUGUAUGAGUGAGAAGAAACGGAGAGCAGGACAGAAGGAAGCCAAGAGUUCGGUAUUGCUGCAGCUAGGUCUACCGGUCACAUCCAUGUGUGUGUGCUUGAGUACGUGUGUGGAUGGAGUGUGAUUAUGUCCCAAGCUUUAACCAUGGCUUUAAUCCUGGUGUGAUUGAGAUGUGUGUGUGUGUGUGUGUGUGUCCGUGUGUGUGGCAGGAAGGUGCAGUUUUUGCCAGUUGGGAGGGGGAGGGGGGGGGGGGCAGCGAUUCCAUCUGGAUGUUUUUAUUUAAAGUGUAUGUGUGUGUGUGCAUGUGAGUAAUAGUAGUAAUGUGUGCAGACAACUGAGUGCUGGGAUGAGUCUUUGUCCCUGUAAGCUAACUCUGAUUUGAAUUCUUUUAAUAAUAGUGUGUGAGGACCUUUUUACUUGACUUGGAUUGGUCGCGGUCCAAGCAGUGGAGCUGCCAGAGCCCUAUUAGUAGUUAAAUAUAUUUGAAUGCUUUUUCAGUGUCCGCAGAAACACAAGGCUUAGAGCCAUACUAGCAUGUAAAAGCCUACACAGUGCAUCGUAUCAGGCAUAUGCAGUGACUUUAAAUCCAUAUUUUUUUUUCAAUCAUAUCCUGGGUAGGCUGAUGGAGCCGGACCACAUUCACUGCAUUUUUGCGAUGUUCACUGUGGUCCGUAAAUCCUAUGUCAGGAUCUGUUUCCAUCCAUGGUUUUGUGAAUGGGUGUUGACUUGGCGCAUAAUCAAAGCAAAUCCAAUCGAUUACUGUGUGACAGUAAUUGAGUGACAGUUACUGAUUUAAUUGCUACAUGACAAAAAUGUUUCACAUUUGGUGAUUUAGCUAUUGUGAACGUCCUGAAAGUGUCUGACAAGCCACAUCAAAUUCGGCAGUUAUCUUUAGCCAAUGCUAAAAAGUUAAUACGAUAGGUCAAAGGUCAAACUCUUCAUCUGCAAAAGGCUAUUGCUUUUUGAGGGAGUCUGUCAUUUAAUGAAUAUAGCUCUAUACUGUGAACGUGAUGUUGAGUUUUCAUGAAACUUGUUACUGGUAGAUUUUGUCAGUAGUACAGUACAUUUUUGCCAAAAAUUCACAUGUUCCCCAUCAUUAAUCUACUGAAAAAUUGUAGUUUAAAGAAUCCGCAUUCAAUAUGAAAUUACAUAUGCAGUGACUUUUGUGAUUUUUUUUUUUGUGUGUGUGUGUGUGUGUGUGUGCGUGCGUGCGUGCUUUGACAAAUUGUAAAGUAAAACUGCUUGAAAGCCUUGAGCUGUUCUAAAUUCUCCCCACUGGUGCAUCUUCAGCUAAACUGCUUGGACCCUGUGUAUUGCUGCUUGCAGCUCCCCCCCCCCCCCCCCCAAGGUUUCUAUGUGUGUUUGAUUGUGUCUGUGAAUAUCUUGGGGGGUUGUCAUGGAAACACACCUCCAACAUCCUUAGACUCAAUCUGUCUGCUCUUUAAAGACUGAGCCCUGACAGAUGAUUUGGUUGUGAUCAAAGGCCCUGUGAGUGUGGAGCCCUGUCAAAAAGGGAUUGACGGUGAUUAGCGAAGGUACAGGAGGUGUUACAGUCGGUCGAGUGUUUGAAGCAGGAAUAGGACGAGCAAAAGUAACUUAUGGGCCCAUUCAUAACACACACACUCACGCUUUGAAUUUGGAUGUGGUGUUUUGAUGCACAAGGCAGACGGAGUGAGUCAUGGUUUAGCCUGUGCACUCUGGACGUGGAACCCUCCUCAGAAGCCAGCCCUCAGCAGAAAAGACUUUACUUGAAUUCAUCUGAGAAACGAUGUGUAGAGACUGUAAUUAUUCUACUAGGAUAUAGUUUGUGCUUAUAACUCUUCUUUUGCCAACCAAUCUCACGCAGUCUGGCUGUACAUGUGCCUUUCUAUUAAAACUAAUCUCAACUAAA